CCAAUAAGCCAGACUCAGGCCAUUAACCUAUUGCUCCAGGAUUUAGUGCAAUUUCAAACCUGUGUCCAUGAUCAAGUUCCAUUUGUCAACGAUAACCAAUUUGCCGCUUUGGUAUCAUUUGCAUUCAACGUGGGCUGCGGUAACCUCGAGUCCUCUACCCUAUUGAAGUACGUGAAGGCCAGGGAGUACUCGGCGGCCGGCACUGAGUUUGGCAAAUGGGUUCGCGCGGGCGAACGCGUUGUGCCCGCACUCGUCACACGUCGGGCCCGCGAGAGGGCGCUCUUUCUUAGGGGUUUUGCCGAUAGUCUAAUGAUAAUUUACUCAUCAGUAAUGAAUGCUGUAUCUGAUUUUAGCCGCAACAUUAACAAGGCUGGUGUUGCGUUGAUCGAGUUGUCCGAAGAGUUCAGGGCCAAUUUCUAUGGCAACCCAGUGGGUACGGAGUCUUGUCCGUACUACGGACACAACUGCAAAGCCCAGGGCUGCUCCAGCAUUCACGCGCCAAUCUCCAAGGCACAGGGUAAGACACUAUUACAUAAGGACCUAGUGCAGUUUCAAAACUGUGUGCAAAGCCGCGUGCCAUUUGUUAAUGAUAACCAAUUUGCUGCCUUGGUAUCGUUCACAUUCAACUUGGGCUGCGGUAACCUCCAGUCGUCUACACUAUUAAAGCGCGUGAAGGCUAAGAACUAUUCGGCCGCCGCUAUUGAGUUCGGCAAAUGAGUGUACGCGGGCGGACACAAGUUGCCCGGUUUAGUCACCCGUCGGGCCCGCCAGAGGGCGCUCUUUCUU